AUGGAAGGGCAACGUGUCCUCAAGACGACGGCCAAUGGGUGUUGCAUCGUUCUCGCAUUUCUCUAUGUCGUUGGGUUCUAUCUAUUUCGACAAAGCCAAGACAAGAAACUCACACGUGAUCACCCUAUUGUCAUUCGCAAGAGGAUCCAAUCGGUCAUUGUAGCGAGUUUGGCUUCAUUGGUUGUCGUUUGGGCUGUUGUCCCAUCACAGUAUCAUUUGAUCCAACUACUAGGAAUAGCAUUGCCUCGUGGGUCCGUGCUUGAGAUGAUUGGACUUUUUGGACCUGUUGCCCUUACAGCAGUGCUCUUUCUUGGGCCAUUGACACAGCUUUACUAUGAGCAGCAGUUACCAUUCCAGAGCAACUUUAGUUUUCAAUAUGAUGUCAAGGAUGUGGUCUGUUCCUGGGUUGGACAACGUAAUUACAUCGUGGCGCCAGCUACUGAAGAAUGGGUCUUUCGAGCAUGUAUGAUUGCACUUCUUUAUGAAGCUGGCCAUUCUAUCUCAUACCUUAUCUUUGUAUCUCCCAUGUAUUUUGGUCUUGCUCAUCUCCAUCACGCUUACGAAAAUUAUCAUCGAUUGGGAGCUACAAGUGAAGCAUUGAAGAUUGCUAUUUUUUCUUCGACCUUUCAAUUUUGCUACACGACGAUCUUCGGAUGGUACGCUAGCUUUGUAUUCCUGCGAAUGGCAAGUAUAUGGCCACCCAUUCUAUGUCACUCGUUUUGCAACGUGAUGGGAUUCCCGGAUGUGAGCGAAAUCAGUGAAAAGAGGCCAUUGGAACGUAAAGUCAUCUGGUGCUGUUACGUUGCCGGCAUCAUUCUCUUUAUUGGGUUAUUAUAUCCUUUGACAGAACCUUCCCAUGUUGGUGGAUCGUUUUACUGGAAAUAA